GGCCUCAUCGCUCACGCUCAGUAUAUUGGAUAUGGACGACCUUGAAGGUACCCUUCCGGCAACAGUCCAACGCUGGACUUCUUCGUCAGUCACUACAGGAUGGAGCAUGUUUGUUGGGAAAGUUGAACGGGAAAUCAAACGGGCAAAGUUACAGAUCGAAUGUGACAUGAGCGCUGAUGCCAAUGUGGCGAUUGAAUACGUGACCGUGUUCAAUUCGUUAGUGGAAGAACAGUUCUGCAAGGAUUUGGAUGAGUAUUACACCUCGACGACGGCGACAUCAGCGCCAACUACGACCACAACAUCCACGUCGAGGCCAACCACGACUACAACCACGACGGUGAGGCCAAGCACAACUACCAUUCGGACAACGCCUGCUACUACAAGCACAACAGUUAGCACCACUACCAGCACAUUAACGCCAACAACAACAACAACUGUUUCACAAUCUUCUGCAUUUCCUGUGACAACCACGACAACCGAAUUACCAGUGGACCCAACAAGCAGCUCGACGGAACAGGUCGAACCUACGACCCUUCCGUUGAUGAAAUCUCGAGCCAAUGCCGCCUGGAUAGCCUUGAGCGGGGUCUUCGUCACCUUGUUCAUUCUUUCGACGGCCUGCGGUGCUUAUCUGUACUUCAGUGGUCGUCAAAUCAAUCGAUUGAUCGCCGAACAAUUUCCUGUAAAACCGAUUAAAAACAUCAAUCAUCACGCCAACAACUACCAUCCGACUCCGCUAGAUAACACGAUUCACCGGAAACUCCAAGAGCAGCUAAAAAAUCGCUUACAACAACAACAACAACAGCACAGUCUCGCCGUUGGUGCUGACGAUUACGGUGAUGGUUUAUUCUGCAGGAACGACAGUCCGGGCUCAGUGCCGCACAAAUAUCCGAGGACUUCGAAUGUCAACCUGAAGCGGGACGAGAUUCACUUUCGAGAUAUUAGUAAAGCCAAGCACAAAAGUCGGUUGAAUAAACUCUAGAGUAGAAAGUGAGAGUCGUGUAUCGGGAGACUGGUUCUACAGUAUAGUCAUUUUUUUGUUGUUGUUGCUUGUAUCUAGCCGAUAAGAAGUAGCUCGUAGAAAUUACCCAUAUUCUUGUGUAUA